CCCCGCCUUGCCGCCGAGGCUGCCGCCGUCACUAUGGAGUAGUCGCGGCAGGACGGGGUCUGAGCGAGAGACGGAACCGGCGUGACAGGCGGGCCGCCGGGCCCACAGGGCGACGGGCGGCCGGGCGCUGCGCCGGCAGUUUCCGCGGGCUCAGGAUAAGCCAUUGGUGCAAACUGAAACCAUGGAGUCCAUGCUGAACAAGCUGAAGAGCACUGUCACAAAGGUGACGGCUGAUGUCACCAGUGCAGUCAUGGGAAAUCCCGUCACCAGGGAAUUCGAUGUCGGGCGACACAUUGCCAGUGGAGGUAAUGGUCUUGCUUGGAAGAUAUUCCAUGGAACUAAAAAAUCAACAAAGCAGGAAGUGGCUGUUUUUGUCUUUGAUAAGAAGCUAAUAGACAAGUACCAAAAAUUUGAAAAGGAUCAGAUUAUUGAUUCCUUAAAACGAGGUGUUCAACAGCUAACUAGGCUUCGACACCCUAGACUACUUACUGUACAGCAUCCAUUAGAAGAGUCCAGGGAUUGCUUGGCAUUUUGUACAGAACCAGUCUGUGCAAGUUUAGCUAAUGUUCUUGGCAGCUGGGACAACCUACCUUCUCCUUUACCAUCAGACAUUAAAGAAUACAAACUUUAUGACGUGGAGACCAAAUAUGGUUUGCUUCAGGUUUCUGAAGGUUUGUCAUUUUUGCAUAGCAGUGUCAAAAUGGUCCAUGGAAAUAUUACUCCUGAAAAUAUAAUCUUGAAUAAGAGUGGAGCAUGGAAAAUAAUGGGCUUUGAUUUUUGUAUCCAAUCAACAAAUCCAUCUGAACAGGAGCCAAAGUUCCCUUGUAAGGAAUGGGAUCCAAACUUGCCAUCCUUGUGUCUUCCAAAUCCUGAGUAUCUGGCGCCAGAAUAUAUUCUCUCUGUGAGCUGUGAGACAGCCAGUGAUAUGUACUCUCUGGGAGCUGUUAUGUAUGCGGUGUUUAAUAAAGGGAAGCCAAUUUUUGAGGUCAACAAGCAAGAUAUUUAUAAAAGCUUUAGUAGACAGCUGGACCAGCUGAGCCGUUUAAGCUCCAGUACUCUUGAGAACAUACCCGAGGAGGUGCGUGAGCACGUAAAGCUCCUCCUAAACGUAGCUCCAGCAGUCAGACCAGACGCUGAUCAAAUGACUAAGAUACCAUUCUUCGAUGAUGUAGGAGCAAUGACGCUUCAGUAUUUUGAUUCAUUAUUUCAAAGGGAUAACCUGCAGAAAUCACAAUUCUUUAAAGGACUACCAAAAGUUCUGCCAAAACUACCUAAGCGUGUUAUAAUUCAGCGAAUUUUGCCUUGCUUGACUUCUGAAUUUGUGAAUCCGGAUAUGGUACCCUUUGUCUUGCCUAAUGUUCUCUUAAUUGCUGAGGAGUGCACCAAAGAAGAAUAUAUCAAACUCAUUCUACCUGAUCUUGGUCCUGUUUUUAAGCAGCAAGAACCAAUCCAGAUAUUGUUAAUCUUCCUGCAAAAAAUGGACUUGCUUCUAACCAAAACUCCACCGGAUGAAAUAAAGAACAGCGUUCUACCGAUGGUUUAUAGAGCCUUGGAAGCACCUUCAAUUCAGAUCCAGGAGCUUUGCCUAAACAUAAUUCCCACGUUUGCCAAUUUAAUAGAUUACCCAUCAAUGAAAAAUUCAUUAAUUCCAAGAAUUAAAAAUGCAUGUUUGCAAACUUCUUCUCUUGCUGUCCGGGUAAACUCACUGGUGUGUUUGGGCAAGAUUUUGGAGUACUUGGAUAAAUGGUUUGUGCUUGAUGAUAUUUUACCUUUUCUGCAACAAAUUCCAUCAAAGGAACCUGCGGUGCUCAUGGGAAUUUUAGGUAUUUACAAAUGUACAUUUACUCACAAGAAGUUGGGAAUUACCAAAGAACAGCUUGCAGGAAAAGUAUUGCCCCAUCUGAUUCCUCUUAGUAUUGAGAACAAUCUUAAUCUCAAUCAGUUCAAUUCUUUUAUUUGUGUUAUAAGAGAUAUGCUCAAUAGAUUGGAAGCAGAGCAUAAAACAAAACUUGAGCAACUUCAUGUCAUGCAAGAGCAACAGAAAUCCUUGGACAUUGCCAACCAAAUGAGUGGGGCUGAAGAGGCAAGAUCUAGUGGUACGGGCAAUCAGAUUGACAAGGUAUUUAAUAAUGGAACUGACCUUCUCACUAGUGGAUCUGAUAGUAAAGAGAAUGAGAUGUCAUCAAUACAGAGAAAGGCCUCACUUACUCUGGAAGAGAAGCAGAAGUUAGCUAAAGAACAAGAACAGGCACAGAAACUGAAAAGCCAGCAACCUCUUAAGCCCCAAGCAACUACAGUGACACCUCCAGUGAAGCAGACAAAAGACUUGACAGAUACCUUGAUAGAUAAUAUGGCAUCUUUGACCAGCCGUCCUAUCAACCAAGCUCAAGUUGCAUCUUCAAACAGCUUCUCUUCCGUUCCUUCUAUGGGUGUUGGGAUGGGAUUUUCAUCACCCAUUGACAACACAAAGAGAAAUAUGACAAAUGGACUAAACACAAACAUGGGGUUUCAGACUGCUGGAUUCACCAUGGGAGCCGGUCUUGCCACUCAGAAUUUCUUCAGUGGUCCAAGUGCAACAGGAGCAACCAAGAUGAACAUGGUACCACCUGCCAAUAUGCCAAAUUACAGUCCUAUGAAUGCUGCAUCUGCGGUCUCUCCACUGACACAACAAAACAGACCCCCAGACAUGUCUGCUUUAGAUAAUCUUUUUGGUCCUCAAAAACCCAAAGUUAGCAUGAAGCAGUUGGCUCAACAGAAAUCAAGCCAGUGGGUCAAUCAGUUUGUGCCACCUUCAGGGUCCCCGAAUGCGAGCAACACAGCCUUGGGACCUCAGAUGAACAUGCUAGCACAGCCAGGCUUUGGCAUACAGGGUAAUCCUUUCUUUUCCCCUCAGAACUUUGCACAACCAGCAAACACAAUGACAAAUAGCAGCUCAGCUAGCAAUGACUUAAAAGAUCUUUUUGGGUAAAAUGUUUUGUUUUCUUCCUUCAAAGAUUGGUGAAAUUUGGAUCAUGGGUAAGCUGAUUAACAUCUUGUUUUUAUUAAUAAAAGCAUGACUUGGGGAAACUUUCAACCCAGCAAAGUAGAGACUUCUGGGCAGGAAAAAAGGCUGAUGUUUCAUUCACCUGGUACUGCAGUGGAAUUGUGUGAGUGCAAAGUCAUCUUACAUGCUAAAGAUUUCCUGUCUCUUUACCAACAUGAGAGUGCUGAAGGUAGGAUGUGUAUAUUCAUCUGAAAAAGAAGUAUAUUGAAAUUAUUCAGAGCUGAACUCAGUCAAGUCCAAUGAAAUUCCCUACAAAAUUUUGUUUAAGUUCAGCAAAAAUACUUAUGGGGUAUAAUGCUGCUAUUGGAUGCAAACCUGGAGAAUUACUCAUGUUGCCUGAAUUUGUCACAAGCUGUCAUUUUGUCCUAUGACAGUUUGCAAAAAGAAAAUAAAAAAAAAUUUUGAUAGCCAAAUUAUACAGAGAGCACUCUAACCCAUAACUAAGGGCGAGACUAAGAAGGGAGCAUAUUUUGACUUUCUUCUCUCAUGUAAGCCAAUGUAAUGAAUGUGGUAGUAAGAUCUAACAAGAUUCAUCAGGCAUAAGAAGUUGUUCUAAAACUUGGUUCAAGUUUGGGACAGAGGAAGAACACUGCUUCAAAGGUCAUGCUGGUUUACAAUCUCUUUUAUAAUGCCAGAUCCUUGUUGCAAGCCCCAUAGCAAAAGCAACAUACCACUUAAGCAGGAUUUUAAAAUACAUGUGGUGAUUUCAUCACAUUUACUGUAUAUUCCAUUGUUUUGGCUAGUAUGAUGCUGCUUCUAACUGAUAUGAAAAAACCCUGUAGUUAUGAAACCUCAAAAAAUGAAUGUAAAUGUAAAAUUCAUGUUGACUGCCCCAACUGUGUAACUAAACACACGUUACAUAGUUACACAGAAAUAUCUUGAAUUAAUUAAUUUUUGGCUCAAUUGAGACAAUGAAAAAGGAUCACCUUAUACAAUUUGCACAGGAUUUUAUGAAAAAGCAGACUGCCAUAAAUUGCCUUGACUAAGAGUGAACUAUUUCAUUUUACUUUUGAUUUAAAUCAAGUCCUUAUGAAGGAUAGAUUGACAUGAAGUGAUUUCUCAAAUACGGAUUUGUAAGCUCUAGAGUGUAUGAUAAAUACACAGGUAUUUCAGAUCCUUUUUAUUGUAUUAGGCUAAAUUCAAUAAAGGUCUCCAGAAAUCCACAUAGUGGUUUCUUCUGCUUCCAGAAGGUGUAUGUUCAGCUUGCCCAUGGUGGAAUCUCUGCUCUGUCAGAUACUACUGUUGAGUUUUAACUUCUUUUUCCCUAAGAAUUUCAAGAGCUUUCUUACCUAGAAUUUUGCAGACUAUAAAUGGUUAUUUUGAGAAGGAAAGAACUAGUUACCUUUUUUAUGGAAAGCCUACUUGCUUUAUUUUUCAAAGCCUUUCACUGAAGAAACUCUUCUUUCAUUUGCUGCUUAAGAAACCAAAGGGCCUUAUGCUGUAAAUAUGACUUGUAUUUUGUUAUACUUCCACAGUUCUAAGCCGUGAUAGCAUUAAGCAUAUUUCUUAAAGAAUUCUUUAUGUAUAAUAGCUGCUGCGUUAGUCCUAUCAUUUUAAAAUACCUGGGACCAAUAAAUCUGUGGUCUGGAAAACAAUACCUAAUACAUUGUGAUGCUUAUGUGCUGUUAAUAUUCAUGGUAAGCAUUGUAGGUUAUAUUAAAAUAUCCAUGUAAAUUGAAGUACAAUACUAGAACUGUUGAACUCUUGAAAUUCAUUUACAGUUGCUGGCACUCUAUACUCUCAAUCACACUCAUGUCUUCUUUUAUGUGUUUUGUUAGGGUAACUUAAGGCAAGCCUUUGAAGAAUUACUUGAAUCUGUAUUCCUCUAAAUUAUUAGGAAAAUAGGUUUAUAUUAAAAACAUCUCAUAGGACUCUACAAUGUAUUAAAUUAAUACAUCUAUGGCAAAGGCAGUCAUAAAAGUCAGUGUCCUGAUGUGUCUGGACUGGGAGCUUUUCAGAACUGGAUUUAGUUUAGCCUAUUGCAGGGAAAGUAGAAAAAAAAUUAUCUGAUUUCAUUUACCAGACCUCCUAAACUGUGUGGUUUGGGUAUGUGCUUUAGGCAUGGGCUAUACCAGAACAUACACUGUUUUGUAAGAACAGAGUAAAAAUAAAUCCUACAGGUUCAAAUUAAAAUAAGCUCUUUUUUGAAGUGGUAAUGCAAUGGAAUAAGGUCUUUAUCUGACUCAAGCAAUAGGCCUUUUUUCAUUUAUAUUUGAGAGCAUAACUUUGAUUUCUCUUGUUUGCUGCAAUUUUCAGAAUGCCCAGAAUGGAAGAACAACAAAGAAAACUGGAAAGGGUGCUUACAAAAGCUCUAACAAAAUCUUCCGGUUAUUUAAUUUUUUUUUUAACUCAAUAAAACAAAAGCACUGAGUCCAGUCUCUUUUUCACAUAGAUGCUUCUUGUUUAGUGUGUCAGGAAACUCAGUGUGUUUGAAGUUCUCAAAUGAUUUCUUCUUAACUUAAAGGAAAGAGGACUUGCAAGAGGUAAGUCACCAUGGCCAUGUGCCACUUGGCUCCUGCUACAAUAGUUUUUCUUUAGGAAUCCUUGGCCAACUUGAUCUCUCCACUUACAAGCUGUGGUUCUGAGGCCUUGCAAGAGGCUGGAAGACUUGUUUUGUGGCCAGAGUGAAUUGUUUGAGAGCAGCAGUUGUGCUUCACAUCCAAGGUGGUUUUUGGGAAAGACAAAGGGAAGGGACAAUGUUACAAAAUGUGGGUAUUCCAGGAGCCUCCUGUAGCUGAACUUGGAUAGAAAGCAGUGCUACAUGUAGCUUGGCCUCUAGCAGAGGGUCUGCCUAGUCCUCAUGUAAAGUAAAGUGGAGAAAGAACAAAGGUUUGAAAUUGGUACCUGGUUAAGAAACUACAAAUGCUGUUAAUGAAAUAGUAACCUGGUAAUAAGUUACUCUUUACAAUGCCUUGAGGAAGACAGUAAAUUACACUAAAUUUUUGCCCUUCAUAUCGAACCUAAUUUAAAGGAAAAAUGUGAAAGCCUGUCAGGUUGUAUCAUGACAGCAGCCACUCUGCACCCACUUGGGUCACCCACUGUCAGCAUGUCUUCAUUUACUGUGGAAAUGAGGACAGGGUCUGGGCUGAAUUGCCCAGCCCAUCUAGUUUACAUUGAUUUGUAAAGGGAAGGGCAUAAGUUCCUAUUCUUCAAGUGAUUAAUCUAUAUUUUGUUUUCUAUCAAAGGAGAAGCUAAGUGAAAAUAGCUGCACAUCUUGCAUCAGUUGUGCUUUUCCUCCUCUGGUGUAUGCUAAAUGAAUAUGACUGCACCAAGACAGCAGUGUUUUCCAUAUUAGAGCUCUUGGUUACAUUUGGGUUUAAGUGUUAAAGUGUCAGAAGCAUCCUCUCAAAACUCAGUCACAGAAAACAAACUAAUUCUGCUAGAGGAAAGGAUUGUAAUAAACAGGCUUGAAAAAUCUCUACUUGGGCUGAUGGAGAAAAAACUACUGAGUUUCAGAUGAGCUUAGAAGCCCCCAGUUCUGACUCUUGAGAGAAAGCAGGAAUGAAAUGGCACAGGUGUCGCUGGGGGAGGGAGCUGCUUCUGUUCCUUCUCAUCACACAAGUGGUGUGACUAAGGCACAGAACAGCCCUUGCAACUUGCUUGUGCAGGAGGGCAGCAGUAGCAGUGGAGGCUUUUGAGAGGUAAAGGAGUUACCAGUUACCUGGGAGAUGGGGAGAGAAAUUUACUGGGAGCAUGGGUAGAUCCUGGUUUGUUUUAAUGAAGAUACUUUGUUCUCCUCACUGUGAAUAAGAAAUGUUGUGGGGAAGUUGUGGCCUUACACAGGUGUUAAGUACCCCAAGCAAAAGGCUGAAUUUUUGGAUGUGUAGGUGCACAACAUUUCAAGCCUUAUUCUUUAAAACUUUCCUUUUCUGUUUCGUCUUUUUAGCAACAACUGGUUCACAUUUAUGUGGAACCUUAACAAAUACCCUGAUUGCCUUUUAAAGUGAGAAAAAUGUAUGUUGACUUUUGUAUUAUAACCUCUGUUGUAAUGUUAUCUGUGUCUGUAGAUAGAUAAGUGUGAUUGUAUUCUAGAUUAUAGGAGUUUUGGAUUUUUCGGUUCAAUUGCACCAAAAAAAAACAGAGAUUAAAUGAGAAGUUAGAUUUGAAUCAAAUUCCAUAAAGCUUCCAUACAGGCUAAGAAUUAUAUGAUACUUGUGUUAUCUAUUAUUAAUAAUACAUGCCUAGUCUGCCUACAUCUGGGUGACUUGAGCAGAAAAGGAAAGUUUUUAAAACAUAAGUUUAUGAACACUGGAUCUUGCAUUACUGGAUCUUGCAUUACAAUGAAGUUUUUGGACUUUGGAGUGACCUUUGCUUAUUGAUUAAGGUCUUUUUAUUGGGGUUGGGUGGGAUAUUGGUGAUUUGUGCCAUUUCCAAUGAAAGAAAGGAGGGGAAGGACAGAAAAAAAAAUACCCUGCUGUAUAUGUAAUCCUUCUUUUUCUUUGUUAAGAGAUAUGCUGCAUUUUAUAUACUCAUUGUGAACUUUUCCUUUGGAAAGCUGUGAGGAAACCUAUCUGGAGAAUUUAAGAUGAGUGAGCUGAUUUUCAAGUGAGGUUCUGCCUUGUACAUUACCUUCAAUUAGGUUUUGACUGCUUUGAAAGAAAAUGGCACAAGGCAGUAAAACCUUGGAUUCAUACACCAAAUCCUCUUGCCUUUCAGGCCUCACCCUUGUAUCAACAUAACAAAUGAGCCCUGAAGUUGUAUUAUCUUCAAGUUCUCCGGAACAGGUCUAACUGCUGUACAGAUUUCUGAGAUGAAGCUGUAAAUCAAAAUGUGUUAUAGUGAACUCAGGCCUUGUGCAAAAUAUUUAAUACUUGUUUAUUUGUCUAAUUGUACAGUCUCUGUAGUAGUGGCAGUUUUAUGUUCUGAUUGUAAAACAUUAAAAUUCUCAUGGGAUUUAUAGUGAUAUUGUUGUUGUGUCAGCCGUGAUUCAUAAAUAGAACUGUCAUAGCAUGGCAUUAGUGUAUAUCUGAUUUAUUGGACAGCUCUUCAAAACCAAAAUUAUUCUUGUAUCAACUUUUAGAUCAGUUACUUUAAAGCUAUGUAAAAGGUACAGUGACAGUUUUGAGAAAUACACAUCACUUUGUACUCUGAAUUAGGUUGCCUAUGGAAAUAAAUGAAUUUUCAUAUUUUCA